GUGCUAGUAUCAAACGCUCCCAUUGGCCCCAACCUUGGCCUAUGAGGAACCCUCUUCGAAAGGCAACUAAAUUCCAUGUGGAAAUUAGCCCCUGCUAGCCUGCUACCCAACGUAAAAAUAUGCUUCGUCGAGAGGUCAGACUGAGGCGGGAGUAUUUGUACAGGAAGGCACAAGAAGACAGGCUCCGAACCAUUGAGGAGAAGAAACAGAAGCUGAAGGGUGCCCUCGAUGAAAACUGUUUGCUUCCAACCGAGGUACGCAAAGAUGCAUUGCAGCUGCAGAAACUUUUGGAGUAUGAUGAUGACGGUGCAGAGGGUGUCAGCUCACAUAUGGAUGAUGAAUACAAAUGGGCUGGAGUUGAAGAUCCAAAAGUCAUGGUGACCACAUCCAGAGACCCAAGUUCCAGACUCAAAAUGUUUGCUAAGGAGGUCAAGCUGAUGUUUCCCGGAGCUCAACGCAUGAACAGAGGAAACCAUGAGAUUGAUGCACUGGUGAGAGCGUGCAAAGCCAACAACGUUACUGACCUCGUCAUCAUCCAUGAAACCAGAGGACAGCCAGAUGGCCUAGUGGUGUGCCACCUGCCAUUUGGACCCACAGCUUAUUUCACGCUUUAUAAUGUGGUAAUGAGGCAUGAUGUCCCGGACAUAGGCACCAUGUCUGAAGCCUACCCACAUCUCAUCUUUCACAACUUCACCUCACGGCUUGGCAAGCGGGUAUCCAAUAUCCUCAAGUAUCUUUUUCCAGUACCAAAAGAGGACAGUAGGCGAGUUAUAACUUUUGCCAACCAAGAAGACUUCAUCUCUUUUCGACAUCACACUUACAAGAAAAAAGACCACAAAAACAUAGAAAUGACAGAAGUUGGGCCCAGGUUUGAAAUGAAAUUAUACAUGAUCAAACUGGGUACCCUGGAAAAUGAAGACACUGCAGAUGUUGAGUGGCGACACCACACAUAUACGCACACGUCAAAGAAAAGAAGAUUUCUCAGUGUUCAGUAGAUUUAUAAAUACUAUAAUCAAAAGUUGGACAGUUUAUAAAACUUGUAUUAAAAACGAAUGGAUUUUUUUGUCUUGUAAGAGACUAUUAAAACAAUACAGUGGCAAUGUGUCUACUGUAGGUGUCAGUAUUUGGCAAUGGGUAUUCAAGAUAUUUGCUGACACGAACCUCGGUUGUAUGUACUGAUGGCAUAGUUUUUUUGUUUUUUCGAAUAAAAUGAUUUGCCUGAUUUGUAUCUGCAUUUAA